AUGAUUAAAACUGCAGAGGGAAACUGGGUUUCAAACAAGGAUGACAUUCAUCAGGAGAUCCUAAAUCCUUUUUUUCGCAUAUAUCAGGGCGCUCAUCAUGAUGAUAAUUACUGGGAAGAACUUGGAUCUAUCCAAAAUCUCAUCCCUCAAAUAACCCUCGAACAGCAGCUCAACCUAGUCAAACCGAUCACAUUAGAGGAAGUUAAGCAAGUGAUUUUUCAAAUGGGCAGUCUCAAAGCCCCAGGGCCGGAUGGAAUCCCAGCUAUGUUUUAUCAGAAAUAUUGGUCUAUAGUGGGGAAAGAUAUCUGGCAAGCGGUAUCUCAUUUUUUCUCUUCGGGAUUUCUUCUUAAAGAGUGGAACUAUACCAACAUUUGCCUAAUUCCGAAGAAGGAGAGACCAGAAGAAGCUAGCCAAUUCCGACCAAUAAGCAUGUGCAAUGUGAUAUAUAAAGCUAUAUCAAAGCUUAUCUCCAACAGACUUAAACCGAUUUUGAAAAGUGUUGUCUCUCCUUAUCAAAAUGCUUUCGUCCCGGGGAGGCUCAUGUCAGAUAAUUGUCUCAUUGCACAUGAACUAGUGAGUGGUAUCAAGCAACGGACGAGGGGAAAGCAAUAUUAUGCUGCUCUAAAAAUCGAUAUGUUCAAAGCUUACGAUAAGGUUGACUGGAACUUCCUCCACUGGCUUCUCACCCAGAUGAAAAUUCCAGCUAUUUGCUGUCACUGGAUCAUGCAGUGCGUCACCACCGUCUCGUACUCCAUUCUCAUAAACGGAGAGCCUUCGCAGAGGUUCAACCCCACUUGUGGCCUUAGACAGGGAGAUCCUUUAUCUUCAUAUCUUUUUAUUCUUGUCAUGGAAAUUCUAUCUAGAUUUCUAACGAAAGCUUCUGAGGAAAAAAUCAUUCAAGGCAUAAAACUUUCUAGAACAGGGCCGUCGAUUUCUCACUUAUUUUUUGCAGAUGAUGCCCUAAUAUUCUUCAAAGCCUCACCAGAAUCAUGUGCAGGGGUCAAAAGCAUACUAGAAAGAUUCAGUAGAUUAUCAGGAGAAGUAAUCAACUUUAAUAAAUCUCUCAUUAUGUUCAGCCCCAAUACGCCAAUAGGGAGUCGACAACAAAUGAGGGGAAUUGUUAAUACUCCUGAUGCCGAGUCAAUCGGGAAAUAUCUAGGAUGCAAUGUCGAGGUGAAUGGAAGAUCAUCUAGGCAAUUCCUUCCUCUAGUGGAAAAAGUUGAGAAUCGACUUUCAAGCUGGCAUCAUCUUUCCCUAUCCAUUGCAGGAAGAAUGCUUCUCAUAAACAGUGUUCUUUCUAUGCUCAGCCUCAAUAUCCUUAGUGUGUUCCUCAUUCCAAAGACAAUAGCAGACAGGUUAAACUCAAUUUUUGCCCGAUUCCUUUGGGCGGGGACACGGGAAGCAAAACCAAUUUACUGGAAGAGCAAGGAUACUCUAGAACUUCCGAAGGGGAGUGGAGGUCUGGGAAUACGCAAUGUACAUCUGUUUAAUAAAGCGCUUCUGGCAAAGCAAGCAACUAGGAUCCAUAACUCUCCUCAAUUGUUGAUUUCUCGGGUCUACUGUGCCAAAUACAAAAACACCCCGGUGAACAUGAUUAUGCAAAAACAUAAGAUAGGAAGAGUGACUUGGGGAUUCCGGGGGCUCUGCAGGUCGAUUAAAGAUUGUUCACAAGGUUUUAUCAAAUUGAUAGGGGAUGGAGCCACCACUAAUAUUCUGGAAGACAAAUGGUUAAGGGGUGGGUCCAUUAAGUUGAAAUCGGGCAUCAGUCUCGAAAAUUUGGGUCUGCAUCAAGUAAGGGAUCUAAUGUGUCCAGAAAAUAAUUCAUGGAAUGCACAGCUCAUAUGGAGGACUUUCUCUCCUGAAACCUCAAUCAGGAUUUUGUCUACAUACCUCCCACAAGAAUCAUUCCAAGACCAAUAUGCAUGGAGUGAGUCCAAAUCAGGAUCGGUAAGAGUGAAGGAUAUGUAUAUACAUCUUUUAAAUCAAAGAGGAGAGCUUAAAGAAGGAAAAAAUCGCACUCCUUUUUGGAGUAAGUUAUGGGCAUCAAAUCUUAGACCUAAAUGGAAAAUCUUCGUUUGGAGGAUUAUUAAUAACGCCAUUGCCACAAACUACAAUUUGAGAAAACGCAACAUUCCCGUAUCUCCAACUUGCUAUUUGUGUCAUCAGCAGGAGGAGGAUGACAAACAUCUGUUUAGAGAUUGUGAAAUAUCUGCCCGUGUCUGGUUAGGCUCUUCCCUUGGCAUCAUAACGUCUUCGAGUCACAUUAUUCCGCUGGCAGAUUGGAUAUGUAAUUUCCUGAGGUUAUUUUGGAAGGAAGAUGGAAUCAAUUCGGGAAGAGCCACCGAGUUCGUAGUAAUUCUUUGGUCAAUUUGGAUCCAUAGAAAUGAUAUCGCCUUCAAACAAAUAAAUAAGGACCCUUCUAUGAUUAUUCAUAGAAAAAUCGCCCUCCUAAAAGAAUGGGAGGAGAGCAAAAAUAUUACGGCAACUUCUCGAAAAAGUGGCGAUGAAUCAAGAGAAGCUCAGCAGGAUGUCCCUAUUUCCCACGACGCAAACCAACAACAAGAUUUGUGCGUUGUGGCAGUUGAUGGAGCCUGGAAGUGUUACAAGGAUAAGUUUCCAAGAGCAGGAAUCGGAUGGGCAGCAAGGGUGAAUGGUUUGAAUGUUUUCGAAGGUAAUGCUAUAGUUGUCACCUCUUCGUCCAUACAAACAGAAGCUUACGCUGUAUACAGGGGUAUACUCGAAGCAAAAAUGAGAGGAAUACAACACAUCCAGAUUCACACGGAUUCAGUGGAAGUUAUCAGAGCAAUUGAUAGCCAACAUCAACCUUUCGAGAUUGCCACCCUAGUUCAUGAUAUCAGAGCCCUAUGUAGGGGGUUUAGUUAUUGUAGAAUAAAGAAAACCAGUAGAAUGGAGGUCACUCUAGCGCAUAGUUUAGCAGUAGCAGCUAGACAGGGUAAGUUAAUAAGCUAA